AUGACAAUGUGCAGUGGCGUGUCAUCUCCCAACCGAGCUCAAUCAACUCAACAAGCUAUACCGCAGCCAAUAGAAGCUCAAAUUGUAGUUGGUCGCUUUGACCUAAAUUCAUUGCCUGAGGAACGAGAUGACCAACUAAUGGCGGUGGUUUUUUAUCAAGAUCAACCACCAUCCGCAACGGAUCAAGAUCAACCACCACCUGUGACUGAUGAACAUCAACCAUCAACUGUGGUUGAUCAACAUCAGCCACCAGUUGUGGCAGAUCAAGAUCAACCAAGACCGAAACGCCAUCGGGGAAGAUUUAGAAACUCUGGUUCGAGACCAAUCGAGGUUGAAUGGCCUGACUGGUUGCCUUCCACGUGGAAGUUCAUUGCCACAAAACGCAAACGUGGUAGGACUAAGAAUAUGAUUGACAAGCUGUAUAUAAGCCCGGAAGGACACCAGUUUCGGUCCAAGAAGCAAGUUCUCGAUUGGAUUAGAAGAAGUCAUGUUGAAAAUGAUAACUUGUAA